GCCACAUCGGGCCCCUCAAGCUCGUGCCCGACGUGCCCACCGCCGAUUCAGAUUUACAGAUCUGUCAGCACAGAGCGCCAACAUGCUGCACCAAAAAAAUGGAAGAAAGCUACCAGGCGGCCGUGCGGAGGGAGAGGACGCAGAAUAUCCAGGCUCUCAACUUUGAGCUGAAAUACAUGAUAGUUGGUCAUAUCACGGCCUUUCAAGAGGCCUUCGAGUCUUUGCUUCGCGUCGCUGAGAACCGCACGAGUUCCCUCUUCGAGGCCGCCUACCGGCCCAUGGCCAAGGAGGCCGCGGAGCCGGUCAAGGAGCUCUUCACAGACCUCUCCCUCUACAUCCUGGGCGCGGAGACCACCGUGGAAAGCGCCGUCUGGCGCUUCUUCGACAGCCUCUUUCCGCUGGUCUACAGCCGCCUAAUAAACCCGGGAAUUACCGAUUUAUCGGAGGACUACACGGAGUGUCUGCGGCUCACGCGGCAGGACAUCAACCCCUUCGGCCGCUAUUCCAAAAACCUGGUCACGGAGCUGUCCAAGUCGCUUUGGGCCAGCCGGCUGCUGAGCCAGGCCCUGAGCCUGGGCAUCGAGGUGAUCAACACGACGGAGCACGCGGCGCUGACCAAGGAGUGCAGCCGGGCGCUGGUGCGCAUGCAGUACUGCCCGCACUGCCAGGGCCUCACGCUCAUCCGGCCCUGCGCCGGCUACUGCCUCAACGUCAUGCGCGGCUGCCUGGCCAGCGUGGCGGAGCUGGACGCGCCCUGGAGGGACUUCAUCGGCACGCUGGAGUACCUGGCGGGCGCCGCGGGCGCCGCGCACGGCCCGGAGGCAGCGCUCGCGGGGAUCCGCAACGCGCUCAACGACGCCGUGCUGCACGCGCAGCUCAACGGGCCCCAGCUCUCGGCCACGGUUGAUAAAGUGUGUGGACAGCCCAAACGACAAGAGGGGAACCUGUCGUCAGACACCAUAGUGCCAGUGAAGGAAGUGACCGAAACGCAAAUGCUCGUGAUGGCUCACACUAGUCUGAACAGUAAGAGAAGUUCUCUGCCUCUGAAAGCUUCAAAGAAUGACAAAUCAAGAAGUUUGAAAAAAAUCUCUCGAGAGUUCAUCAACUAUAUGAAGCGAUCCCGAACCUUUUAUGCUUCUAUAGCAGAAAGGCUGUGUGAUGGAGAUCUGGUGAUGAGAGACAGCUCAACUUGCUGGAAUGGAGAAGACGUCGUAGAAAGCUAUACCAACAGAGUUGUUACCAAUGGAUUGAAGGCACAACUUAAUAACCCAGAAUUGAAAGUCAGAGGACUUGACCCGCUCAUCAGUAAUUUAAUUGAUAAACUUCAACACUUUAAUCGACUGGAUGCUGAGAAGGCAAAAUUAAAACUGGAAAGAUGGAAUUCCCGAGAUACUGGCAGUGGGGAUGGAAGAAGUGAAGAAACAGAGUCCAGCGGGGAUUGUGAUGAUGAGGAUGGCUGCCAAGGAUCUGGUGACAGGAUUCACUCAGCAGAUGGACUCAAGAAAACCCAUGCAGAAAACAGGAACGAGCCCAAGCCAACUGUGAAAAAGACUGACACCAGCACCACCACUGCAGGCACCGUCAAGUCCUCUUCCAAACACACUGUCCCCAGCAAGGGGAGCCGCCCAGGCCCGGCCACCCUGCUCUGCGUCCUGGCGGCUCUGGCCACCCUGUGGCGUGGGCCACUGUAGCCACGCAGCCGCGGUGCCCAUGUUUCUGUUCACUGUCGUUUAUACCCGCAGCCUUACCCACCCGAAAGCAAAGUUCAGUGCUCGUGUGGCCUGUUAGAAGCCUCCUCGUGCGGUGCCUGAAGAGAGGCUGCCACGAGCCCGCCUGAGGCACCAAGGGAGAGGCCACAAAGCGCUGAGUGGCUUCAGUGCUUGGGUAGAAGUAACUGGGAACCCAGAAAUUGUAAGCGUGUGUGUUACCAUUUUUCUCGGUUCUGUUCACUGGAUAAUCUGACUCGUUGGUUGUGUUGUUUUUAUUUUUCUCUAAUUAAAUGCGUGGCUGGCCUUCCAUUCAAGGCAAUACACACACUGUUUCUCUAGUGAACAGCGAAUAACCCACGUCUCCAGUAGCAAACAGUGCUGAAGUUGGGUACUCUGUACCAGCCUGAGGAAAGUCCGAAGCGGUUGAGAAGGUCAGAGCAUGUUUGAAGCUUCUUUUCACUCUGUUUAGCUUGUAGAAAACAACAUAAAAGCAUAUGGUGUGUCUAAUGUAUCGUUAUAGUUGCCUUAACCAUAGAAAAAAAUAGAAAUACUUGGUUUGCUGAGAGUGAGUUUCCCUGCUGCCCAAACUGCUAUUACCGUGUGCUUAAGCAGAUGCUUGAGGUUUAUUGGAUGAAUGUCCAGCAGUUGGAAACAUAAACAGAAUAAUGUUUUAUCUGGUGGAAUGCAAUUCUGUGUGGAGGGGGRAAAAAAAAGGAUAAUUAGCUCAAACCUACUUUGCCUAUUGGAUGUUAAAGAGAAACUGCCUUCAGUUUUCCACGUAGAUCCCACAGAUGGAAGUUAUCAGGAAUUCCUGUUUAUUCCAAAUUAGAUUUUGUGUAUUGUAAAUCUCUGAAUUGAAUCCAUUUCAGAAACUGUAUAUUAUUUAAUUACAUUUAAUGUUUAACAUUUUGUAUAUCAUGAUAGGUAUAAAGGUAAAACAGUCUGGAAUCUAGAGCGUUCUCUAUUCUGUCUCAUUUUGA